AUGUCCACUGAGCCCUCGGCCCCUGCUGGCUCCCCUGGGGCCGGCCAGACUACCCCCAUGCCCUCUCAGGAGGAGCCUGAGGCCCAGGUGACACGCCUACAGCAGACACCACCCACACAGCUCCACCCCAAACCCAUCUACUCCUACAGCAUCCUCAUCUUCAUGGCGCUCAAGAGCAGCCGGACGGGCAGCCUGCCCGUCAGCGAGAUUUAUGGCUUCAUGACCGAGCACUUCCCUUACUUCAAGACUGCCCCUGACGGGUGGAAGAACUCGGUCCGCCACAACCUGUCUCUGAACAAGUGCUUUGAGAAGGUGGAGACACGGAGUGGGGGCGGGGCUGGAGGCGGGGCCUUGCGGAAGGGCUGUCUGUGGGCGCUGAACCCCGCCCGCGUGGAGAAGAUGCAGGAGGAGCUGCACAAGUGGCGCCGCAAGGACCCGCUGACCGUGCACAAGAGCAUGGCCCGGCCAGAGGAACUUGGGCGCCUGCUGGGAGAGAACCCUGACUUCCGGAGACAUGUCCCCUCCUACUUCGGCUGCCCCAGCCACCUCCAAGGCCCUGCCAACCCUGGCACCCCAGGGCAGACUCCGCCCCCACGAGGCAGGCCUGGCUCGGACACGCCCCCCUCCUUCAGCCAAUCCCAGCCAGCACCCCCUGGUUACGCGUUUGGCCACUCCCUCCAAGGCCUUGUCCCGCCCCCCUUCUCAUACCCCUCCUCUGGGAUUCCACAGGAGACAGGCGGCCUGGAAGUGCCCCUGGCAGCUCAGACCCCACCCUACAGCUCCACCCGACAGGGGGAGCACUGGAGGCCCAGAACCAUACAGGAGCUGCUGAUGGACGGGGAACCCUGCAACGACAUCGACACACUCAACCCCACGCUCACCGACUUGCAGCUACAGGGUAACCUGUGGGAGGAGCUGAGAGAUGACAGCCUGGCCCCUGAUUCGCUGCAGCUCGUGCCUACUGGAGCCAGCCCCGCCCCCUCCAGCCACACUGGGACCCUCUCCCCCUGCUGCCAGUGA